AUGUCGAGCAAUUAUUCAUCAAAUGACUGUUCAUCUUCUUCUUCUAUCAUAUCUUGGAUGGCCAUCAAUAAGGAUAAUAUCACUGACAAUAUAUCUCAAGUGAACGGCUCAUCACAAUAUGUUUUAGACAAAAGAGAUGAAAAAUUGGCAAUUCUUGAAAUUGUUAUUUUAUCUGUAAUACUAGUUCUCAUAGUGUUUGGCAAUUCAUGUGUUUUAAUAGCACUACAGUUACAUAAAGUCAAGAGUAAUCGUAUGUAUUAUUUUUUACAGCAACUGAGUAUCAGUGAUAUGAUGACAGCCCUAUUCAAUGUGUUGCCCCAAUUGGGAUGGGAGAUCACACAACGUUUUGUCGGUGGAAAUAUACUCUGCAAAACCAUUAAAUAUUUACAGAUUUUCGGCCCAUACCUGUCUUCCUAUGUAUUGGUAAUGAUGGCUAUAGACAGAUAUCAGGCUAUAUGUAACCCGUUGUCUAACUGCGGGUGGAAACCCAGUCGCGCCAAACGUAUGAUCAGAAUAGCCUGGUUUGUGUCGUUAGUCUAUUGUUUGCCACAAAUUUUCAUAUUUUCCUAUCAGGAAGUGCCCGACAAUAAUGGUGUCUAUGAUUGUUGGGGUACAUUUCAUAAACCAUUUGAUGAACGGGUAUACGUAACGUGGUAUGCCGUCACUGUAUUUAUCAUACCUUUUCUCAUUUUAAUUGUCACUCAUUACUACAUUUGUCGUGAGAUUUGGUUAAAUUUAAAUAAAAAGCGCAAAAGUUUUAAAAUAUUGCACAAAACUCGCGGCAAACUAUCCGCUAAUACGACGACCAAUACUUGUAAUAUAACUAAAAUGGAGACCAAUUUAGAUGGAAAUACUGAUAAUACAUCUGAUAGUCGUACGGAUGAGCCAUCAAUUAGUGGUAAAUUGUUUGUAACGACAACACCGACAUCAAUGAGAAAGUCGUAUCGAUUGAAAUGUAGAGGCAAUCGUCAGACCAUACAUAGGAAUAGGGAUUUUGCAUACGAUUUAAGUCCACGAACUCAUUCACUACACGGCUUAAGUCGGGCUAAGAUUAAGAGCGUUAAGAUCACAGUUGUUGUCAUACUUUGUUAUAUCAUGUGUUCAAUGCCUUUCAUUUGUGUCCAAUUGUGGGCCUAUUGGGUGCCAAAUGCACAACAAUCACACUUCUGGACAGGUCCGAUGAUUGCAAUACUGAUGCUUCUGCCGAGUCUUAAUAGUUGUGUUAAUCCAUGGAUUUACCUCUACUUCAACCAGAAUCUGGUGUCGGCUCUCACACACUGUCUGUCAGCCAAAUCCAUGUCCGACAGUCUCAACACAAAUAACACCAAACGUUCGCCAAUAGUCCGCCGUAUAAAUAGUGUGGUCGUCACUGAUAGUAGUCAUCGGCAACACACGGAUCACAUGAUCAAUGGAUGUCAUUCAAGACAGACAAUGCUUUAG